UUCUAAAAACCCCAUACUGUAGAAUGUCGGACGAUUACUUGAAGUCCCACAGGAAGAUUUUGGUUGAUUAUGAGGCGAUUAACGAAAUUGUUUUUGGGGCCGUGGCCAUCAUGACGAUCGGGUUAUUGCGUUUUCUUCCUGGUAUUUUGGAUUUUGCAUACCAUGUGGCGAUAUAUGGAAUAUUGACCAUGUUGAGAGGAUUUUUGUUGUUGUAUGGUAUCAAAAAAGAAAAUAGAAUAUGUGUGAUGGUGCACAUAGUGUUGUCGAUUCUGUUCUUGAUGUUGUACAAAGUAGCGAUUAUAUAUGAGGUCAUAUCUACCCUAAUGGACAUGCAUGUGUACAUCGAUGCGCUUUUCAUAACGGUGUAUUUCGUCCUCUGUCCGUUGCUUUGGGCGUUUUUUUGGUACAUACAGUUUUGUGCCUUUCGAUUUUACCAGUAUUUGGGAAACAGCUAGUUGCGAAAAAUGUGUAUUUUUUGGAAGAACGGUGGAAUAAAUUGUCGUUGUAUACGUUUAGAAGAAUUUCAUUUCAUUGUUU